ACCUUCAGUGCUUCAACCGAGGGAGUUCGAGAAAGCAGCUCAUCGAGGAUAUUGUGUUACAGGCAUCGUCCUAAACUAAACGUCUGCAUGUUUUGUUCACGUCUGCCUUGGAAAUAAAGUGGACGAUCGUAGUUGUUUUUUCUUCUUCUAAAGGAUGAGUGGACCGACAUAUGACAGGAAGAUACCUGGUAUUUCAUCCGAUCUUUCAGGCUCUAUGAGUUGCCAUCCGACUUCUAAGGACUCUCCGACUCUUCCAGAGUCUUCGGCUACAGACAUGGGUUAUUACAGCAGCCAUCACGAAUACUACCCGAAUCCACCAUACCCUCAGCAGAUGAAUUCAUAUCAUCAGUUUAAUCUGUCUGGGAUGGGGGCAUCAGCUGGACCUUACCCCACCAAGACAGAGUACCCUUACAAUACUUUCAGACAAUACGGACAGUACAACAGAGACCUGCAGACGCCACCACAAAGCGCAGUCAAAGAAGAACCAGAGACUGAAGUUCGGAUGGUAAACGGAAAACCCAAGAAAAUCCGCAAGCCGCGCACCAUUUACUCGAGUUACCAGCUCGCCGCACUGCAGCGCCGCUUCCAGAAGGCGCAGUAUCUGGCGCUGCCGGAGAGAGCCGAGCUCGCCGCACAGCUGGGGCUCACGCAGACACAGGUCAAAAUCUGGUUCCAGAACCGGAGGUCCAAGUUCAAGAAACUUUACAAAAACGGCGAGGUUCCGUUGGAGCACAGCCCGAACGCCAGCGACUCCAUGGCCUGCAACUCCCCUCCAUCCCCGGCUGUUUGGGACAAUAACGCGCACUCUAGCCAGGUCAACCGGGGACAGAUCCCCCAGCCACCCCUCAGUUCCACACCCCCCUACAUGGAAGAUUACAGCAAUCACUGGUACCAGCAGGGAUCACAUUUACAGCAUCCAGUGCACCACCCAGGACCACCACAGAGCGUUGGGGCUGUGUAUUAACAGACACUGACGGAAGAGUUUAAUAUAAGAGGGAAAAGACUUUUGGAAAGACUCAACAAAAAUAAGCUGAAAGAUGCUUCACAAGUAGCCUAUCUGGAGUGGAACAGCACACCUGUGUUGGCAUUUUGUGGACUAUUUAAACGCAUAUAUGUCGUUAAGAAUGCUUUGUGUUGAAAUAACAGUGUAAUAUUAAUAACAAUGUUUUAAUGUGUACCUGCUACUCAGACCUGUUUCAUAUGCACAUAGGUGUAGGUUAAACAAUGUAAAGGAAGUUCAGAGUGGAUUUAAAUUAUUAUGUUUUAUGACUUUCUUUAUCUUCGUGUUUUGUUCAUUGAUAGGUACAUAUUAAAAAUGUUUAAAGAACGAUUGAACCCCAAAUUUAGUUGUUAUCAGCCUCCCCACCCACAAUGUGGGCUGGUGUGGCACGCGUCAGAGACUCAGGACAUAAGUUAUAAAGACUUGUACAAAAUGUUGAAAGCUGUACAUACGUGUUUAAAUAAAACUGAACCACUAAAUUUGUGUUACUUCAGAGACUGCGCGGUGGUGCUCGAACCAUUUUAUAUUCCUGUAAGUAGUUGUAUUGUUAUUCUGUCAAACUGAAUAAAUGCGAAUUGAAAACAU